AUGUCUGCAGAUGAAGAUGCAUUCUGGUUUGAAAAUAAAAAGGAAGAAAGUCCUGUAGAGAAUAUACCUGCUUCUGUGCGAACAGAAAUUGAUAAUAUGUAUGAAUUUCUACCUGAACUGAAAAAACAUUUCCAAGUGAUGAAGAAGAUUGGAGAAGGAACGUUCAGUUCAGUUUUUCAAGCCAAACUUCGGAAUCAUCCCAAAGUAGAUCAACUUUUUGCCUUGAAACACAUCAUACCUACCAGUCACCCAAGUCGAAUUGAAACAGAACUAAAAUGUCUUCAGCAACUUGGAGGUAAGAACAACGUAAUGGGAGUAGAACUUUGUCUUCGAAGUAAAGACCAUAUUGUCAUUGUGAUGCCGUAUUUUCCACAUGAUAGAUUUCAGGACUGUUUGUUGUCCCUGACACCUGACGAGAUAAAAAAUUACAUGAAAAAUUUGUUGAUUGCUUUGAGACAUAUUCAUGAGUAUGAUGUUAUUCACAGAGAUGUGAAACCAAGCAAUUUCUUGUUCAAUCGUAAAACACAGCAAUUUUCCUUAGUAGAUUUUGGACUAGCUCACAAAGCGCCAGUGGCCUUGAAAAAAAAUGACGCCCGGACACAGUUUGAGUUGCCUAUUUAUCAUCAGUCACCAAAAAAAAAGAAUAUCAAAACCACUUCAAAGUUGGAGGCUAGUAGCCAUGGCCCUUUAAGGAGUCUGAAUGCCAGCAAAGGUCCCUCCUUAGCUCUAGAUAAGCGUGGACACAAAUCCCACAAGAAUACCACUUCAGUAACAACUGGCAGCACAUCUCGAAGUGUCCGCUCUCCACGACAACUGUUACUUAUGAAGCAAGCAAUGUCAAAGGCACGUUCCAGCCUGUCUUCUUCAUCUCAAAAGAGCUCCAGUCGCUUGAUCACUUGUAGUUGCUUUGGUAAAGCAAUGGUGUGUCGAAUUUGUACAGAGAAAGUGAAUCAAAUUGCUCCUCGGGCUGGCACUCCAGGGUUUCGUUCUCCGGAAGUUCUCAUGAAAUAUCCACAUCAAACCACAAGUGUUGAUAUCUGGUCAGCUGGCGUCAUUUUUCUAUCUCUGCUCAGUGGACGUUAUCCAUUUUUUAAGGCUAAUGAUGACCUCACUGCCUUGGCUCAAAUCAUCACAUUGAUGGGCAGUGAACCUGUGAAAAAUGCAGCCAAAAUAAUUGGAAAAGAUUUAAUUUGUUUGCCUCAAACAAAAUCGAUGAACCUGCAGAAUCUCUGCUUCAAUUUACGAAAUGUGGAAACUAAUGAAAAGUUUAAGCCUGGCACCCAGACCAAAAAUAAAACUGCCUCCCAAUUCAUUGAAGCUGUAACACAUUCGGCUUUUGACCUUUUGGUCAAAAUGCUUGACCUUAAUCCCAAUACUCGAAUCACUGCAGAAGAUGCUUUGGAACAUGAAUAUUUCAAAUGA